UGACUCACAUUUUCACAUCCGACCCCUCUUCUUUUCCACCUAACAGCACUGGAAAGUGGCCUGCGUGCAUUUGUUUUCCAUAUACCAGUAGAAGGAACAAAGAUGACGAACGACUAUGGUGGUUCCUCUGCUUUUAGGCUGGAAACCCAUAUAUUCCAACCCCACCUCCCCUGUCGACAUUCUCAUCAUUGUCAGAGCUCAUACCUUCUUCACUAUUCUGCAUCUCACAACCAUCGGCGGCCUUUUUGUUGCUUUGUUGCAUGGGAUCUCGGAGGCGGAGAAGUGUCCACGAGCUGCUCGGCGGCGGACUGCUUGCAGAUGUGAUUCUUUGGAGAAGAAGGCAUAUCACGAUUGGAAUACUGCUUGGAACCUUUGCGGCUUGGGUGAUAUUUGAGUUAUCUGGAUAUACUCUUUUGUCACUUGUAUCAAGGGUUUUGUUGCUGCUGGUGACUAUUCUCUUUGUGUGGGCAAAGGCAGCGGGGGUUCUCAACAGGCCACCUCCACCCUUACCAGAGUUGCAUAUUACUGAAGAGGCGACAAAUCUUGCAGCAGAUUUUUUUCGAACCAAGAUAAACAGUAUUCUUUCUGCUUCCCGAGAUAUCGCACUUGGCAGAGAUCCAAACCUUUUUUGUAAGGUUGUGGCAUGCCUAUGGCUAAUUUCUGUUGUCAGCAGUUGGACUGAUUUUCUUACCUUAUCGUACAGCGGUCUGGCUGUAAUUUUGACAAUCCCUGUAUUAUAUGAGAAGUACGAAGAUAUCAUUGACAAAUAUCUGCUCCUGGCCUAUACAAAGCUCAAGAUUAUAUAUGAGAAAUUGGACGGGGACUGUUCAGGAAAGGUAAAGAAAUGGAUUCUGGAGAAUGGGAAAUUAAGCUGAUGGCUGAUGCCUGUUUCAAUCUCUUCGUUAUAAUGAUAACUUCUUUUUGUUUUCACAUUAUUUUGAAAUUGUCAGAUGAUGGCGUAUUUUGCAUCAGGAGUGGAGAGUUUUCCUAUUUUUAAUUUUGAGAUGGUUUGGUGUU